AUAUUUUACAAUCUAGUAAAAAUAAAGUACAGAAAUUCAUGACAGAAGUUUCUAAAAACUCUAGCUCGUCUAUUAGUAAUGCAGACAAUGAUGUGAUACCUACAACUUUGAAUGAAACAGAAUCUCAACCCAGCAAUAAUAGCUUCACAUUUUUAUACGAAAAACUUUGUAAUGCUAUAAUUCUCGCUGACCGUAAAAUCCAAGAAGCAAUCUUAUGUUAUUGUAAUUUUGGUAAAGCUCUCAUUCAAAGACGUAAUGAAUUAGCAUCAGAAAAACAAGUUGAUUCGGAAUCUAAUGCAGUUAGUAAAAUUUUAAAUAAGGAAGUUCGUGCUCAGCUUCCUGCAAAUAUUUCUGAUACACUUUUAUGGAAGAGAAUCGAAAAGGCUAAAAAGCUCUACAAACUUUUCAGUGCAAUAGGUAUGGAUAAAAUUUAUCAAAUACAUUCCUUUUCCGCUGAUAAAUCCGCCCUAAAAUCUGAAUUCUCUGAACCGAGUUCAGGAAGUGAUCAGCAAAUUUCUUGCAAAAAAGAAAAUAAAGAUUCAGAAUUUUCAGAAACAAAGGUAACUACUACAAUCACUUCCUCUAUCCUAUUGUCUCACACUUCUAAUUCGGGAGAUAAAUUCCAACUAUGA